GAGAAAACCGCGGGCAGUGACGUCAAAACCGUGAAUGUUUUCUAAUCAUCAGCCCCCUCCCCCACUCCAUCACCCGUUUCUCUGAUCUUCGCAAACGUCGAUCCAUGGUUGUAGAAUUCAAAGCGAGUCCUUCUUCGAGCAUAAAUUGUAAGUCAGGCUCUCAACAGUGCGGAUCGGACAAGCCAUGGCGUCGGAAGAAUCUUCGGCGAGGUCAAAGUCAGAGAAGGUGAAGUUCCUGGACAGCAAGCAGGCGUACGUUCGCGCGAUGAACGCUGACGGCCUCACCGUCAUUGAAGGCACAGCAGCCUGGUGCGCGCAAUGCAAAGCUAUCGCGCCGGAGGUGGACAAGCUCGCCGAGGAAUACGCCGAGAAGGGAGUCAGCUUUUACCAGUUCGACGUGGACGAGAACGAGGACAUCGCCCAGGAGCUCGGGGUCAGAGUCAUGCCGACGUUCACCAUAUUCAAGGACGGGGACAUUCAGGAAGGCGUCAGCGGCGCUAGGCCGCAGGCCUUGCGAGAGGCGAUCGAGAAGAACCUGUAAGGACCCGUCGUUGGGGUCGCGGAUCUGUCACACACGCGUAACUGUUCAACAAAUUGAUCUCGAGCGUAACUCUGGAUAACGUCAAAUGAAAUUUUUUUUCUCUA